CGAUUCCAGUUGUGGAUUCAGAUCGAAGCAGCUCACAGCAUGCUUGCAUCGCCACCCACACCCACCUCGAUGAGCCCACACCCACCCACGAUUCGUCGUCGCUGCUGCUGACUGUGGCAUAUGCAAGUAUUCUGAGGCACACGGUACUAGAGUAGUGACAGCCCACUCUGCUGGCUCCAACCUCACCGCUUCUUCACAUUGCCGUGCACCUUCGCACGCGCACAUUUGAGCGCCAAGGUCAUCGUAUCCGCUGCAAGGCUUCAACAGAGCCUCAAUUUCGGCCAUUUGAGACCUGGAAAUGGCGGCGCCUCUGAGCGUAGAGGAGGCACUGGCUCCAGUAGAAACUGUCACUGCGGCCGCUAGCAUUGCGAGCGGCUCGGGUACCAACGGGUCGUCCAUUGCGAGCACAUCGGCGACAGCGGACUCUCUGAGCUCAGCAGAAGAUGGCUGGCCAGCGGACGAAGAUGAGGAAGAGAAGAGCGCGGUACAGCUCAAGAUUGAGCUCAAAAGGGCGAAGCAGGAGAGGAAUGCUUUCGAAGCCCAGUACCAAGGCUUGCUCAGCAAGCUGACAGCCAUGCGCAACACGCUGGGUGAGCGGCUUCGACAGGAUGCUGAAGAGCUCGAUCGGCGAGAGUCGAAUAUCGAGAGCUUGCAGGCACAAUUGACGACGCAGACCGAGCUAGUCGAGACGCUCAAGAACGAGCUCGUAGGAUCUCAUGCAGACGUGGAGCGGCUCCAGACAUCCUUGGAUCUAGCAAGGAAUGCGGCUCCUCCAGAUCGAACGCGAGAGCUUGCAGAAAGUGCGGAAAGGCUUCGAAUCGAGGCUGAAGGCUGGGAGAGCGCAUACACAGAAGAGCGUGGGCUUCGAGAGGAGGCAGAGUCGCGAGCUGCAGAGGCCGAACGGAGGAGAGAUGAGGCAGAGAGGAAAGAGAUGGAGGAAGCUACACGAGCUGAGAGAGAAGGCGCCACAGCGAGGGAACUUCAGGCGGUUUUGGAGGAAUUUCAGGCAGCGCAAGAAAGUGAGCUGCAACGCGCUCUAGGAGACUAUCAAGAGAAGUACGACACCAUCGUGGCUUCUCUCGAGGAGUACAAACAGCGCACGACCAUAGCGGAAAGCAAGCUUGCGGACUACCGAGACGCCGCGGAGCGGAAUGCAAUACUAGAGAAAGAGGUCAGAGAAAAGAACCUCUUGGUGGGCAAAUUGAGGCACGAGGCCGUAAUUUUGAAUGAGCAUCUCACCGAGGCUUUGAGGAGAUUAAGGUCGGACACGUCGGAUUCAAACGUGGACAGACGGCUUGUCACCAACCUUUUUGUGCAGUUCUUGACGACUCCGAGGGCAGAUGCAAAGCGCUUCGAAAUGCUCUCCUUGAUCGCGUCGGUAUUGCAAUUUACUGACGAGCAGCGCGAAGCGACAGGCUUGCAACGCGUUGCUGGUGCUUCGGGCAGCGCGUACAACAAAGGUAUGCCGCCAGGAGUAAGAAGAGGUAGCAGUAUCGGCGGCCACACGCGGUCGGAAGCGAGCAGUGGAGGAACGGGAGACGAGUCUUUCUCCAAUCUGUUUCUGGAAUUCUUGCUGUCCGAAGCGGACAAGGCUAAACCAACCCGCGAAGCAAACGGUCAGGCGAGCGAGCCCACGAGCCCCAAGACACCGACGACUGCACCAGCAACCUUCAAUUUAGGCAGCCUAGCAGCUUUGAGGCGGCCCUCUACCGACCUUUUCCGCGGCUCUAGCGCCACCAGCAGCGGCACCAGGACCCCGCUCUCCCCAUCUUCCAGCACGACAUCGGGUCCCAUGUCUCCUCCGCCUUCUUCGUCAACCGUGAAAGGCAAGCCACCACUUGGCUGAUCGCUUUCAUCGCAAUGCAAUCGAUACCUUUACCGGUCCGCAAAUCAUUGUACUGGGCCCGCGCCUUGAGUCUUUGUCCCAGAUGUGGCCGGGCCUGACAUCGACCACAGACUGACGCCAGAAUGAAGCCUCGAGGAGAGACAAAUGCAUACUAGGUGUUAGGACGCAGCGGAUGGACGGUGAUCUCGCGCCUCGGCUAAUUCUGAGCGCCUACCAAAGGUUGGAUUUUUGACGAGUUCGAAAGCUCUCGGACCCAUGACUCGCAAUUGUUGGGCUCACCGCCAUGCGUGGUUUGCGGUCAAAGUACGCGUGUCCACAACGUCCUCUUACGCAACAUGCGCGUUGGUGAUGUUCGACAACGCAGUCUGCCAUUCACAUUACUGCAC